ACUUACAGCCUUUCCAAAGAUACAGAAAGACUCAGGCUGGAGAAAGAUCCAAAUCUGGCCCAUAAUCUCAAGGCAUUUUCCAUGCAAGGGUCUUAAAGCAUUUUGCACAAGAUGGGUCUGCUAACUAUGAUCAUGUGCCUUGCUGCACUGCACCAAGCUGUUGGACAGCCAGGUCCGGGAUUUCCCGCUUUGUCUCAUCUCAAUGUGAUUAACCAAAGAGUGAUUGUCAACAAGCACAAUGACCUUCGGCGUGCAGUGAAUCCCACUGCCAGAAACAUGCUGAAGAUGAAAUGGAAUCCUGAAGCUGCAAGCAAUGCUCAGAGAUGGGCAGAUCAGUGUAAAAUGUCCAUCAGUCCUAGAAAUGAGAGAGUUGCAAAUGGUGUCUUCUGUGGUGAAAAUGCCUUACAGGCAACUUAUCCCCAGUCUUGGUCUGAUGCAAUCCAAAACUGGUAUAAUCAAGUGGCUAAUUUCAAAUAUGGUACUGGAGCAAUCAAAGACAAUGCCUAUAUUGGUAGCUACACUCAGAUGGUUUGGUAUAAUUCUUACAAGAUUGGAUGUGCAGUUGCCUACUGUCCUCAGAAUAAGUGGCAGUACUUUUAUGUUUGCCACUACUGUCCCGCAGGAAAUAAUGCAGCAGACUUAUCUAAGCCAUACAAACAGGGCCCAACAUGUGGCGAUUGCCCUAAUGCCUGCGACCAAGGACUCUGCACCAACCUUUGCAAGUAUAUGGAUACAUACACAAACUGUGCCGUCUUAAAAGAGCUCUUUGGCUGCACUCAUUCUCUGGUGAAGGAAAAAUGUCCAGCUUCCUGCAAAUGCACCAAUGAAAUAAAAUAAUAUCCUGCUAUCCAUCACUUUCUCUUCCUUGAGAUUGUUUUAUUUGAUAGAGAAGAGAACCCAGGAUAAAACAAAAACAAAAACAUUCCCAAUAUUUUCAUAUCCGCUUGAAUUCUGGAUAAAACAA